AUGGGCUAUGAGGCAGAAUUUCAAAAGCAUCUUGCUGAAGUUCAAUGCCAUCUUUCUGGAGAUUAUGGCAAACAAUUACCUCCUUCUUUCGUUCACCCAUCCACUUACUGGUCUUCCACCGAAAAAAACGCGUUUUUUCAUGCACUAUCAAUACAUUCCCGUCUCAGGCCAGACCUUAUCGCAGCUUCAAUCGGAACAAAGUCCGUUCUCGACGUCUGUGCUUAUCUAGACAUUCUCCAUGUUGCAGCUAUCGACGCCAACUCACCCAUUGCACGUCUGUCUCUGCCUUGUGCUAUGGAAGUUUCCGAAUCUUGGAUGAACUGGGAGGAGGCAGCGGCAUCUCGCAUCCAGCAAUGCCAGUUGGAUGAAGGAAAAACCAAUCCAGGUACAUCCUAUUCGGUGGCGACAAUAGAAUGCCAGAAAUUUAACCUAGCUUCAGGAGAAAACGAAGUUAACCCCCCGCAGCAAAAAGAAGCUCUCAAAAUGUUGGAUGCAUGCCACCUGGCUGUGAUGGAGAGCAUGCUUCGGGAAGCUGAAGAGAAAGGUAUCGGGUUAGAGCAGGAUGUUGGAACGACGUCGAACACCGACUAUCCUCGCGACGCAGUAUGUCAAAGUCCUCCAGUGACCUCUUCUCCCGACAACAUUGAAUCAGAUAAUUCACAAAUUCUUCAACUCCGAUCCCCGACCCCGACGCCGCCGUAUCAACAAGAUGAUAAUUUGAAUCUGACCCCAACGUCUCGUCGCAGGUUACAGAAGCGAAUAUACAUGCGGCGAAAACGGGCUGAAGCAAUGGGGGAGGCAUUUGAUCCCGAAUCCGCGAGGUUGCGUCCUGGACGGAAGAUUCGAGAUAAACCAGUUAGAUUACGCCCGAAAACUUACAAGAAAACGGCAAACCUCAACAAGGGGCCUAUAUCGAAUGUGGAUGACCAUGCUCCUACCAAACAUCCUAAUAAAGGAGGUCUGAAUCGACCAUAUAGAAUCAAACAGCAAUUCAUGGAACGCAAAAUUGACGCACAAACUUUGAACGAGCAUGACCUUGGAUUUCUUCACCUUUCCACACUUGCCAGGUUUAUGAAAAUAUUUCGGUCAGGCUACGAUUUUCCCAAGGCUGGAGCAGAAGCCGCUAUCUCUGAUGACACCAUUCGACUAUUGACCUCCAUUGCGGUCGAAUUCACUACGGAAUUAGUUCAUCUGUCAAUGACUCUAAGGGAGCAGGAGAGGUCUGUAAAAGGUAAUAUUAAGGUGUGGAGGCAGAAUCACGAAGAAGUCACCCCCGAACACGUGAGGCAGGGACUAACCAUGAUGGGAGCAACAUAUUCGAGCAAGGAAAGCUACUUCAAAACGCUCCUCGGCCCAGAGGCUUCCUUGAUCGCAGACGAACGAGAGCCAUCUCCACCUGGGGAAGGCAAUAAUAAAUCCAUUGAUCACACCAAUGAAGAUGGAAUUCCAAUUUAUCCCAGGGCCACUAUUCACAACGGAACACAUCUGGAACAGGUUACACUUCCUCUCUCGCUUUCUAUGGUGGAUUCGUUUCAAGAGGAAGAUUCAAAGUGCUUCAACACCCUUAUGCCUCCUGAGGAGGAGGACGGUGACCUGGAGUUAGAACUCGACGCUGAAAUGGAGAUAGAUGAUUUUGACAUGCAUAGAUCAAAAGAAUACGAAGACCGGCUUUGGGAUUCCGAAUCGUUGGAUAUAAUUCGAGAAUAG